AUGAACGCUGCUGAGAGCGUCGACCGCUCUGCCGAGGAGGGCAUGGCUCACGUCCAGUCUGCCUCGUUCGACGAAAAGAAAUCUUAUCAACCCCCGGACGAUGUGGUUGCUCCCGACUACAAAGCUGGGUCCAUCGAGGUCGACGAGAAAGAGGUCGAGGUCGACCAUCUGCCAGACCCAUUCGUCCCUUUCGAUAAUCUACCGGAAGAGCGCGACCGCGUGCUGACCAUUCGCGCCGUGAUAAUGGGUUGCAUUUGCGGUGCCUUGGUCAACGCAUCCAAUGUCUACCUUGGUCUGAAGACUGGCUGGACCUUCACCGCCAAUUUGUUUGGUGCCAUUCUCGGUUUUGCCGUCAUCAAGUUUUUCUCUGUGACGUUUGCUGAGAACUUCCCUAUCCUGGGCGGCGGCUUUGGUCCCAAGGAGAACAACAUCAUCCAGACAGCUGCCACAGCCUCCGGAGGCCUGUCGAACGUCUUCGUUUCAGCCUACCCGGCCUUGUAUCAGUUGAACCUCAUGAGCGAGAAGCCGAGCAGCGACUUCUGGAAGAUUGUAUCCCUCACCGCCGUCGGCGGCUACUUUGGCUUCUUUUUCGCGACCCCUCUACGCAAGUUCUUCAUCGUCCACGUCGCUCGCGAGCUGUCUCUCGUCUUCCCGACCGCGACUGCGACGGCCAUGACGAUUCGUUCGAUGCAUGAGGCCGUAUCCGGUGAGCUUAUCGCCAAGAUGAAGACCAAGGCCCUGGCCUGGUCCUUCACCGCUGCUUUCCUCCUGCGUGUCGUGUCGCAGUAUGCCGUUGGCAUCCUGUGGGACUGGCAUAUCUUCACGUGGUUUUUCAUUUGGGGAGGCUACAACAACCUAGCCAUCAAUGUCGAGAACUGGGGCUGGCUGAUUGAAUUCACGCCCGCCUUCAUUGGCUCUGGCAUGCUUGUCGGUCUCAAUGUCGCCUUUUCCUUCUACGGCGGCAGUAUCCUCGCCUGGGGAAUCAUCGGCCCCGCCCUUGUCCACAACGGCGCCGCCUUUGGCGUGGCCGCGUCAGACGACCCCAAAUGGGACGGUUACGUGUCGUUCGCCUCUCUUAGUCUGUCCGCCUCCAACAAGGACACGCCCAGCCCUCGCUACUGGAUGCUCUGGCCCGGCGUCUUGUGCAUGAUCGCCGUCUCCUUCACCGAGCUUGCCCUUCAGUGGCGUGUCUUUGUCUAUGGCUUCCGUGCCAUCUACCGCGGAUGCUGCGGGGCCAUAUACGCCAUGGGACGUGCUGCCGGAAAGGAACUCGGUUAUUUCCACGAGCGCUCGGAGCAGGAGUUGAAGGAUAUCGUUGAGGACCCUGCUCUGCCGAGUGAACGCGUCAAGACCUGGAUGUGGCUCCCUGGCCUGGUUGUUACCAUUAUCGCGACCUGUGUUGUUAUGGGAGUCGAGUUCGAUAUGCCCGUUGGAAUGUCUGUUCUCAGCGUCUUCCUGGCGUUCUUCUUCAGUUUCCUCGCCAUUCAGUGCACCGGCGUGACUGACAUCACCCCUCUCACUGCCGCCUCCAAGGCUUCUCAGAUCGUCCUCGGCGGCGCAACCAAGGGCGAGGGCUGGGGCGUCGCACACGCGCAAAAGCUGAACCUGCUGGGUGGUGCUCUCGCCAACAUGGGCGCCAACCAGUCGACCGACCUGACGGCCGACUUCCGCGUGGGUUUCCUUCUCCGGACGCCGCCAAUCCAGCAGUGGAUUGCCCAGGGUCUGGGUACCAUCGUCGCCGUCUUCCUCGCUCCCGGAAUGUUCGUUCUGUUCGCGACUGCGUAUCCUUGCAUCUUGGAUACCGAAGCCGAGCACUGCGCCUUCUCCGGCCCUUCAGUGUCCGCUUGGCGUGCUGUUGCCAUCGCCGUCACUGAUCCGGCUUUCCCGAUCCCGACGAGCUCUGGAAUCUUCGCCAUCUGCUUCUCCAUCUUCGGAGUUGCUAUGGUCCUCGUGAGGCAUUUCGUCUGGGUUGGAAAGCUCGAGUGGGUCCGCGCGUACCACCCCAACAUUAUGUGCGUGUCUCUGGCAUUCGUCCUGCCUCAAACUGUCUACGGUCUCGCCAUGAUCAUGGGAGCCCUCCCCGCAUACAUCUGGGCCAAGCGGAACCCCAAGAGCUUCGACAUCUAUGGCUACGCGAUUGCAGCUGGCCUCAUCGCUGGCGAGGGUAUUGGUGGUGUCGUGAACGCCAUUUUCCAGAUCGCUGGCAUCUCCGGCGAUUUCUACGGAAGCAACAUUGCUUGCCCUGGUGAUUUGUGUUAG